AAAUCCUUGUGGUAAGAUGUUGAAACUCAACUUCUGUCCGACGCCGGAGAUGGAGCUCCUCAAUCCUCCACGAACAUUUCCACCGGACCAUUCUUUCUCCUCUUUCAAACUCUUACUCCCAAAUUCCCGUUCCAAAUUCCAUGCCUUCUUCAUCUCUAGAAAUCCAAGCCGUUCACCCUUGUUACCUAGCUCUAGGAAUCUCCGCGUUUCAGCCCAUUUCGGUCGCCCCCCCCGCCGCAGAAACUCGCUCCGGAAAAAGCUCAACGGUGAUGACCAACAGGUUAGGCAAUUGACCUCAAUUUCCGCUCCUUCGUUCUCUGAUAGCCAGAACCCACCUCUAAAUUUAGGAAAUUCUAAGGAAAGUUUAGCUCUUGAUGAAGAACAAGGGACGGACUAUGUUACUGUGGAAAAUGUUGUUAGGAAUGAGUUGAAACCGAAAGUUGACAAAUUUGGGAUUUCUGUUCCGUUAUCACGGCUGAAGAAUUGGAUUGAUCAGCAUAAGCUCGAUUCCGCUUAUUGGGGUGUUGGGUCUAGUCCAAUUUUCACUGUUUUUCAUGAUAUAGAUGGCAAGGUAAGGCGGGUUUCAGUUGAUGAAAAUGAGAUACUGGAGAGAAGCAAGAUUGCGAGCAAUGAGCUCGAGAGUUCAGCUCAAGUGCAGUCGAAAAUCUCGUAUGCUAAGGAAUUAGCUAUGGAUAUGGAAAGAGGGAGAAUUGUGAUUCAGAAGAAUAGUUCGGUAGCUAAAUUUGUUGCUUUAGGUGGAGAAUCUAGUUUCCGAAGCACAAUUCAGGAUGUAGUCGCCCACCCUCGGUUUUUCCCCAUACUCUCAAGGGUUGGCAAAUUGGUUUUGUUUAGUUUAGUUGCAGCCUGGGCACUGAAAAGAUUAUUGCACUCCGAGAACAAGGAGGUAAAACACUCGGAGUUGGAGAAGGAAAUGAUGAGGAGAAAGAUGAAGUGGAGAAAGGAGAAAGAAGCAUUGGAAGGGAGUGGAAUGGAGGUUGUCGAUGAAGGUUUGGAGAAGGUGCAGAUAUUGGCAGUUGAGAGGCCUAAGCUGGAUAAGCAACAACUUAUGAAGAAUAUAUAUGAAUCGAAUGUUGGGAAAGGUAGAUUGACAGCUCCAGAAGCUUCUAGUUCCCAAACUAUGAAGUCUGUAGAAUUUGAUCCAAGAAUUCAGCAAAUCAGAGCCAUGGCAAGGAAAGCCCGUAAAAUUGAGAGGGAGGAGCAAUCCAUGGAUGAAAAGAUUGAGAAAGGUAACCAGAAUUUGGACAUCGAAUCGUUCCAAUCUCAAGAUUCCACUUCUAGUGAGCUUAGAAUGAGGGAAUCAUUAGAUGAUCUUGAAGCUGAUAAAGAUGAUAGUUUACACAUAGAACCUAUUGAUUGGAGCAAGUCAAUGCAAGAUGUUUCGGAUAACUGGCAAGGUAUGGUCAAUGGGGAUGAUAUGGAAUCAACUCUGGGUACUAAUAACGAAUCAUCUUUGUCAAGUCAAUCUACUGCACCAAAACCAAAGCUUAUAAGGUCGGUACAAGAAGCUAGAGAGUUCCUUUCUAACAGAAGAUCCAAGAAUGUCCAAGACUCUCAGGCUGCUUCAUUGAGCAUGUCUCAUGAUAAUAUGCCUAUUGGCAAAAGAAGCCAAUUACCCGACAUGCAUAUAAAAGCAUCAGCACUGUCUACUUCUUUCUCAAAUGAUGAUGCGAGUGGCAAUGACAUGGUUGGUAGACAGGCUGAAGAAGUGGCAAAUUGGGUGGAGGAAAAUAGCAAUGAAGUAGAGCCGAUAUUUAAGAUGAUUGGGGAUGGCUUUAGAGAUAGUUUUAAGGUAGCUAGGGAAACUGCAAACCAGAACACAAAUACAAGUCUUGAUUUAUUAAAGCUUGAGUACAAAGACGACGAUGGUGAACUUUACUGGAUGAAAGAUGAUGCGCUUAGAGAUAUAGUUUUUCGAGUUCGAGAAAAUGAGUUGUCUGGUCGUGAUCCAUUUUACAUGAUGGAACCGGAAGACAAGCAUAAUUUUUUUGAAGGACUUAAGAAAAAGGUUGAGAGAGAGAAUGAAAAGCUGCUUAAAGUGCACGUCUAUCUACAUGCAAACAUUGAAAAUCUUGAUUACGGAGCAGAUGGCAUCAGCCUGUAUGAUCAAGCAGAAAAGAUCAUACCACGCUGGAAAGGGCCUCCAACGGAAAAAAACCUUGAGUUUCUUGAAGACGUAAUUCAAAAACAAAGGGACACUGUUCUAAAUGGAGAAGAUGAUAGGUCUUACCAUUUUGUAAAUGGUAAAGAACUUGAUAAAUUCUCAGAAUCUCGGCUGGCCAAGAAUAUUAAACCUUCUUCAGCAAACCACGUAUUAAGAAAGCAUAUCAACGAGAAGGAUCCAAAAGCAUCUAGAAUCGUUAUAGAAGGUAGUGAUGGCUCCACUAGACCUGGUCAAAAAUCAGGUAAGGAGUUCUGGCAACACACAAAGAAAUGGUCUCGGGGAUUCCUAGAAUGUUAUAAUGCAGAGCCAGAUCCAGAAACUAAAUCUGUUAUGAAGGAUAUUGGAAAGGAUCUAGACAGAUGGAUCACUGAAGAAGAAAUUCAGGAAGCAGCAGAUAUGAUGACCAAGUUGCCCGAGAGAAAUAAGGAGUUCCUGGAAAAGAAGAUCAAUAAGUUGAAAAGAGAAAUGGAACUGUUUGGACCACAAGCUGUGGUUAGCAAGUAUCGGGAGUAUGCUGAGGAUAAGGAAGAGGAUUUCUUAUGGUGGCUUGAUCUUCCACAUGUUCUCUGCAUUGAGUUAUACACAACCGAAAAUGGAGAGCAGAAAACUGGAUUUUAUUCAUUAGAGAUGGGUGUGGAUCUCGAGCUGGAUCCUAAACCAUGUCAUGUGAUUGCUUUCGAGGAUGCUCAUGAUUGCAAGAACCUCUGUUACAUAAUUCAGGCACACUUGGAAAUGCUAGGAAACGGCCAUGCUUUUGUUGUUCCCAGACCGCCCAAGGACACCUUCAGGGAAGCCAAAGCAAAUGGAUUCAGUGUUACUGUCAUCAGGAAAGGACAGCUGCAGCUGAAUAUAGACCAACCAUUGGAGGAGGUGGAGGAAGAGAUCAGUGAGAUAGGGAGCAAAAUCUACCACGAUAAACUUAUGCAGGAUCGCGGUGUGGAUAUGAACUCGCUGAUGAAGGGUGUGUUCGGCUCGAGUAGCCAGACCACCAAAGGUUUGAGGAAGAGAGCAAAGAGGAAAUCGAAGAAGGAAACAGAGAAGCGAGCGCAAUGUUAGUGUAACCAGGCAACAGGCUGUGGGGGCAUGGAAUAUGGAUCAAGUUGCAGGGCAGAGCAUGGGCAAGCUGAAGAAGCCAUCCCUCAUGAGGUUUGAAGGAAGAGCCAAGGAGCAAGAGGCAGAAUGUUUUCUCUUCUUUUGGAAGCAUAUCAUAUGCCUGGCGUGAACAUAUACAACAAUGAUUGGGCAAGUGAUAUUUUGAGGUUGUAUUCCCAUGGGUUUCCCUAGUUGUAUUAGUAUUACUCAAGGAAUGCAGCUUAUGUUCAAAUACAAGUUUGUGGUUUAAGGUCCACUUAAUUUCAAUCUAGCUUAACAGAUCAAAGGUAGCAAGAAGAUAAGUACUAAGAGUUGUUCACAGUGACGAAAGGUACUUUCUACAACUGGAGGUUUAGUUACACAUGAUAAUAGAUGAAAACAUAAUUGCAAUAGAAGAAGAAUUCUUCUUGAAAUCGAGCGAUCCUCCAA